AUGCGUUUAUUCGGUAAGUUGCAACUCAUUCUUAUUGUCGUACUUCUCUCUUGCCUGAAAUUAUUCUUUGACUUCACUAUAAUUCCACAUGAUGUUCAUUUGAGAGCUAAAUUCACCAAACAAACUCAUCCGAAGCCUCAAUUUUCUAAACUUACUGAUAAUUUAUUCAUUUUCUCAUCAUUUGUGGAUACACGGAACGGCAACAUGGGUUUUCCAUUUUUCCGGAUUAUUGCAAUAAUGCGAUUCAGGCAUUACAAAUACUACUGUUUGUUUAAAAGUCGGCAAACUCAUGUGCAAAUUUAUGUAAUGGCUGAAAAUCAUGGACGACUGUACGGGGCAUGCAUCUUAAAUUGUCGAAUUCCGGAACGAAUCAUAAUUACAAAUUCUAAAAUUGCAUUAACGGAUGGAAAUAACAAACUAGACAUUGUUCCAACAUAUUACAUUACUGCCGGUUCCGGCAAUUCAUCAGCAACUUACGCUUACAACUAUACCAUUUGUUUACCAUUUCUUUACGGACAUUUCUACAGCGCCAAAUAUGUCAUUGAAAUGGUCGAAAUGCAUAAAUUAUUGGGAGUGCAGCAAAUUACGCUUUAUACUACAAAGCGCAAAUUAAACAAUGUUGUUCAAAAAGUUUUGAAUUAUUACGAAGCAGAAAGUAUUUUGGAUGUGAUUGAUUUUGAGCAGCCAAUAAAAGAUGUUUGGAAUCAUGCGCAACUUGUUGUUAUCAAUGAUUGCUUGUAUAGGAAUAUGGGACGAGCUAAGUUUGUUUCGUUCCAGGAUUGGGAUGAAAUUAUCAUGCCGAUGCAGAACACUGAUCUCAUUUCGUUUUUUCGCAAUAUUUUUAAUGCUUCUAUAGCAAGUUAUCAAAUAUCAACAGUCUAUAUCAAUUAUGAUCCCAACUAUCCAUCCUUUGCCAACAGUGUAGAGGCCAAAAGUAAACGAUUGGAUACGAAAUGUGUUUUGCAGCCCGAAAUGGUCUUUGAACAGGGUAUCCAUCAUACCAGUCGAGUAAUUCAGGACCAUUAUCUGGCUCUAAAACUGCCAAGUAAUAAAGCGGUGUUGCAUCGUUACGCGAAAUAUACGUAUACUCAAACGUUUCCGAUCAAUACGAUACCCUUACGUUACACCAAGACCUUGUCCCGGAACUGUGAUAUGGUGUCGAAGAAAAUCUAUGUAUAG